CGGAGCGCCGUCUGCUGUGGCUGUUGUUUGUUUCUGCAACUCCGCGGGGUCAUGUCGUGUCGUCUGGACUUGUUUACGUCGCUGCAGCCCGCGGCGCAGGGCGGGCCCUGCCAGUGUUUUCUGGCGGCCCUGUCUCUGGUUUGGCGCGACGGGGCGCGUGGAUGUCGCCGGGUUUGCGUCUGUGAAGUCAGUAUUUCUUCUGCAAGAGCGUCUGUGAUGGUGUAUGACGAUGUCAACAAAAAGUGGAUUCCCAGUGGAGGGACGUCUGGAAUGUCGAAAGUGCACAUUUACCACCAUCAGAUCCACAAUACAUUCAGAGUUGUCGGCCGUAAGCUGCAGGAUCAUGAGGUCGUAAUAAAUUGUGCCAUUCUGAAAGGCCUGAAGUACAAUCAAGCAACGCAAACUUUCCAUCAAUGGCGAGAUAACAAACACGUUUAUGGCCUCAACUUUAGCAGUAAAGAGGAUGCAGAUUCAUUCGCGCGAGCUAUGCUUCAUGCCCUUGAGGUCCUAGCAAGUGGUGUCAAUCGAAAUCCGGCUCCUCCACCCGCACCACCGCAGCAAUAUGCUCAAAGCAAUGGCCAAUAUGAAGAUGAUAUGGGAGGUUAUAGAUCAACUCAAAAUAUGGAACUUGAACGCCGCAUGUCACAACAGUCACAGAUGCUGAGCAGUCCGCAAGCAGCCACGCCCCCCGGACACCACCGCACCUCUUCCGCACCCCCAGCACCCCAGGCACCUCCCCUGAGCAUCGCGCCGAGCAUGGCGCCGUGCCCGCCCCCCGCCCCGCCCGCACCGCCAGCCGCACCAGCGCCCGCCCCCGCCCCUGCGCCCCCCAUGAUGGGUGGCCCCCCGCCCAUGAUGGGAGGCACUCCCCCCAUGAUGGGCACGCCCCCUAUGAUGGGGGGUGCUCCUCCACCCAUGAUGGGGGGUGGCGCGCCGCCCCCGCCCCCACCGCCCCCCAACAUGUCCCGGUCCUCGAGUUCAGAUGGCCAGGAUGCCAGUUCGCUCGCAGCCCAACUUCAAAGUGCCCGCCUCAAGAGGGCAAAUGCAAAUGCUAACAAGCAACCAGCAGAGAACAGUGGUUCAAGCACCAGCAGUGGUGGCAGCAACUACGGCACGUUAGGCAGGAGCCCCAUGGGAAUGGCGAGUAUGAUGGAUGAAAUGGCUAAGACUCUAGCUAGGAGACGUGCUGCUUGUGAAAAGAAGGAGCCUGACCCAGUGGACGAUCAAGAUAAGAAGCAGUGGGAUAAAAAUAGUGGUGGUAAACUUGCAAAUGGUGGGGAGUCACCUAAACCAGGCCGUAAGCGCUUUGGCUCAUCAUCCGAAGAGAAUCUAGUGCCUAAGGUCAACGGCCUUAAUGGUGGUGAUGCUAAUGGAGGCUCUAUAGGAGAUUUGGACGCUCUCAAACAAGAGAUCAUUCGAGAGAUGCGACAAGAAAUGUCUCGAUUGAAGCAGGACCUCAUAAAUGUGAUCAAGCAAGAACUUGCGAGACGGUAAUGGAGGUUGCCUUCUGGAAACCUUGCCUAGGCAUUGACUGAGCCUCUUGCAGUUUUGUGUUGCUCUUAGGCCCAUCUGUGGCAUGUGAAUGUUUUUAUAAGUUUCAUAUUUAAUAUGAAUUUGCAUUGAGAAGUCUGUCUGAAACAUUGUCUUCAAUGUUAAUAUUGUAUUGGGGUGCGAGUUCCAAACCUUAUCAAAUAUUAUACAGUAUAGUAUAUCCUAAUUGUAUUGUGAUUAAUGAUAAAUAUUGGUGGGAAUACGUUGCUAGUUAAUAUGAUAAAAUAAUUUCCUAUUAUCUGCUAGGAAAGCAUUUACUUGUUUUAUUGCUUGCUGGAGUGAAAGCCUGCCAUAUGGAAUUCGGCCACAUUUUAUAGUGAAUGAGGGUACAUUGUUUACCUGUCAUGUAUAGACUGUGUUACAUGGUUUGAGUGUUGCUGUGUUAUCAUUAGUACCUCUCAUCCUGCUAAGAUAUUCGUUAUAUUUAUGUAUACAUAGGAUAUAUAAAUGAAUUGGAAUGUAUACUUAUGUAUACAUAUUUAUAAAUAUACGAACACAUAUUUUAUUUUUGUUUCUUAGUUUAAUGUACUUUUCUAGCAUUCCCUUGAGUGUUUUCAAGCUUUCUCUUUCACUCUUUUGCUGUUUUCAUUUCUUGUCUUAAAAAUUCUGUUUUGGGACCAUGUCUAUUAUUUGGUGUCUACUUAGGUAACUGGUGUAACGAACUACUUUUUUAACUACUUAAAUUUGGAGUCAUAAUAACAGAACUGGUAUUCUGAAAUUUUGUAUUAUUGAAUCUUUGCCAGUAGCUUAUGAUUUAUUGCUGCAGUUCGAUUUCUGUUUGGGUUCUCCUUGCUUGUUAUAAUUUUGGUACCGGUGCCUGUUCCCUUGUGAGGUGUCUUGGAAAAGUAUUGCAUUACUUUGAUUGUACCAGUUGUGGUUAAUUUUGAAGAGUGGGCUUGAUAGUGCUUGAGGGAAUCAAGCUUGGUAAAGUGAAAUACGUUCAUACCUGCUUUAUAAUGUGCGUCAUGAUUCUUUCAAUCUUUCAUGCAUAUGUUCAAUGAAUGCCUUUGUAUUGAACAAGCUCUUCCUAUUUGUUUCUUACCUUACAGAAAUUAUAUGUUGAUAUAAAUAUUAUUUUAUAUUAUUUAUGCUUUGUAAAGUGUAGGAGUGAGUCACUUGAGGGGGGAAAGGAAUUUUAUUUGCAAGAUCUGUUUAUAUUAUUUAUGGAUGGUUAUUUUUGCGCAUUUGUUAAUGAUUUGUGUGUAAAUAAUCAGUGUCUACUUAUGUGUAAAUUCAUUGGUAAUUUCAAUUUUAGUAGAUAUGGUGAGUGUUAAACCAUGACAUUGCCACAGUGAAUGAGUUUUAUACUAUUGCUAGCAUAUUUAAAGACAAUUGGAGAUCAUCUCGCUUUUUUUAAUCAAAGUAUGUGCCAUUAGUUGUGGUGCAUUGUAAUAAACAAUUCCUACUGUGUGAACAAUGAUUUUCUAGGAUGCCGUAAUUUUGUGGCUGUGGAUUUUUUUUAUCCGGAAAAGUAGUUGCCACUCUGAAAUUUUAAAAUCCUUAGUGAAAUCUAGUGUAGGUUUGAGUUCUCUUCUUCUGUCCUGUGUUUGUACAACAUUCUUUUCCUUGAUUUGAACUGUUCCUCCUUUACUUUGAUUCACUGACUUACAGUAUUACCUCUUUGUCACAUGCAUUUUUUUUUAUUAGGACUAUGUGUAGGGUUAUCAAACAUAAAAGACUUGAAUGUGUGCUUUGAAUUGUGUUAACUGUGAGAGCAAACUGUACUUUAUGAAUCCUGUAUGAUUUCUAGCUUGUUUUCAUGACUUAGUUGAAAGUGAGACAACCAUGCAUCUACAGAAAAUACAGUAAUGAGCUCCAUGAUAUACCUAAGACUGUUUGUAUUAUGCUUUUCAAAUGCUUGGAUUUUCAAAUAGUGUUCAGUGCUGUCUUCUGUUUGUUUCUUAUAAUUUUUAAAGGCAUCCUCUACUUGCCGCCACUUAGUCUCAACCUUAUUUUUCACCGCUGAUCAUUCCAGAAUUUAUUACAAUGUAAAUUGUCAGCUUGUUUGCAAAUUGUUUUAGCUUUUGUCAUCUUGCAUGCAGUACCCUCGCUAUUUCUCAAGAAAAGGCAUUGUUUUACUCUGUAUCUGUGAUCCCUGCUUGCUUCCGCCAAAUCUCUCAACAUAUAUGAACAAAUUUUCUUGUGUAUGCCGUACUUUGUAGUAGCACAUUCUGUACUUGCACAUGACAGUCUAUGGAGCUCUUCUGGCGGGACUCUGCUCUUGUGUGGCGUUUUGUGAAGAAUCUAAAGGAAAUGGCUUUGUGGAACCAAAACUCUCUUCCUCUCUAAGAUAUUUCUGUUGUUUUUAGCAUUUAUGCUAGAAAUUGGUGACAUGGAAAUGAAAGGACUAAGUCUUCCCUUGGCUGUUGGCUAACUUCUUCCAAAGGUAAUAGUGUUCAAGGUUGAUAGUUUUGAUAAAUGUUUUAUUAUUUUUUAGAAAUGGGUCUAGCUUAUAUUAUUAUCAAGGUUUUCUUUUCACCUGUAUUCCAUUGUAGUAAAGUUGCACUCUCUGUAUGAGAUUCUUCUGUGCUCGAAGUGGGUUAAGUGAACACAUUUGCUGAGGCAUGCACUAUUAUUGUAAAUCACAGAUUGAAUUCAUUCUAUCUAUGUCUGACAAUAAUGUGCAAUGCUCUGCAUUCUUUUCAUUAAAAAGACACACAAGCUUAGCUGCACAGGGUCUGUCAUUGUUAUUUUGUCAUCCAAGCGUGGUGGUUUACUUUCAUUUUUGAUCAGUUGUUUGCUCCAGCAUUUUCUCCUUUUGAAGAAAUUAUUACUUGCUCAAGUGUAUCUUUGAUAUUGUAUGAAAUAUGCAAUGCACAAAUGACUUGUAGAUACUUUUACUUGUAUCUCAUUGUUAAUAAUUAAAUACAGUAGGAUAUAAAGGACCAUUUUAUGGAAUUUGCAUAUUUCUUAUUGUUGGCGGCUUUCUAUAACCUUGUAUGUUUCAUCUGAUUGUGGGGUGUCCCUCCUCGCCCCUUCCAUAUUAUUGUUUUAGUUGAAAACCCAUGUGAGCUCCAUCCCUAAAAAAUUGCAUGCUUUCUUACUCAGUAUUCUUCAACGGUUAAAUUUUCCAACAUGUUCAUUACAUUGACAUUGUAAUAUAUAAUUGAGAGGACAUUGAAAAGGCUAUGUGGUCUAUCAAAUGUAUGUUCUAAUCCUCUAAUGGGCACGGUAGUGUCAUGUAGUCACCAUUGUAAGAUUUUCUUUAAGUGUGUUUCUAAUCAAACCAAAGGUCUUUAAGCUCUGAGAAGGAGUGAAAAAUGAAUGAAUAUUUCCUCCUCCACAUGUAAGAUUUUGCUGAUAAGAAAGAGCAGAUGGUUACCAAGUGCAUUCUGUUGUGUUUCAUACCUGGGAUUCUUAAAUUAUUUUCCUCCAAAUAUGAGUUUCUUUCACCACUAGUAAUCUUAUUGAUAUUACACAAAAUUGUUGAGUCGAUAUGCACACCUCUUUGCCUCUAACUGGGAAAAACUCAAUAGAUAUCUAUUCUGUGUACUGAUGCUUCUUAUGCUCCAGUUGGAUGGAUUUUAUUGAUUUAAUGUAGUCUUAAGUCUUUUCAACCAGUAGGGUUGCAAACAAUGCAACUCUACUGGUGCUUUUUGCUCUAUGCUAAUCACUAGAGGAGUAUGCUUAUUUCAAUAACAAGCACAUAGUCAGUAUGUUUAAGUUUAGUUUAGUAAGCAUUCAAUGGGUAUUUUCUGUUCUAACUUAAAUGGUUGCCACAUCGUUUUCCUGUAAUUUUCCCCUCUAGGGACUUUGGUAAAGCAGUGCAAACUAACUGACUGUACUGAAGCUCAAAGAUGCAGCCCAUUUGAUCCCAUGUUUUGUCAGAUGCGACUUUGUUAUUGAACCUUAGUAGAGCCAUAGUCUGAAGAAGAGUGGACAAAAAUUAGUAACACACACCCUUGUUUCUUUCUGUGUGCAGACGUACACAUGGUGGUAAUAGAACUUCUCUAGCAUUUUCAAAUUGACUAUUUCAUUAAAAUCCUUUGCCAUAACAUGAUUCUCUGAAAAUAAAUCCUGGUUUCUUGUUUUAGGUGUGUUUAUGUGUGUGCGUAUGUGUGAUGAAGAUGUCCCAACAGAAUUGUCUUUAACACAUGUGAUUUAUUUUGUAGCUAAUUUCUUUUCUGUAAAUAUUUUUUAUUGCAAAUUUUCCUUUAGUAUAAUUUUUUGCACUGCUCUUUUCUGGUUUUAACUCAACAAGUGAACAAAGUCACUUUUUCAUACACGCAAACAUUUUGUGUUUUCAUUUUCCAAUACCUUGGGUAACUAUACGAAUAAUAUGGUUGCAUCAAUAAAAAUGAAAAAAGUUUGUUUUUUUUUAUCAUACCAUAUCAUGGUUAGUUAGGCUCCCUGUCAUUUCUGUAAUUUCUUAAACCCUUCAAUGUGGUAGUGGUACUUUUCUGAUCUCAUUCCUGUCAACUUUUGAUUUGUGAACCAUUUCAUUCUCCCAUUGAACCAGUAAGUAAUUAAAGUGUGUACAUGUGUAAAUGAUGAUGUACAAGUAGGAUGUGAAUACUACUCUACGCUGGACUCCUUUAACAGGCCAGCAGCACACGAAUGUACCCUAAUGUGGAUGCCAUAUUUACUUUGUCAUUUUGCAUUGUAUUUUCAAUAAAGUGAUUAAAGAGA